CCAUGUAUAGGGAACAGAAUUUAGACAAGAAAAAUCAUGAUGGCUGACAGUGACGGCCCAUUUCCUAAUUCAUCUGAAAAUGCUAACCAAUAUGAUCGAAGAGACGCAAUAUCAGAUGGCAUUAUAGAUCUUCUGAAGCCAACAGUUGAAGAGAUUGAUGACAGAGUUAAAACUGUGAGAGAAAGUCAAGUUGAACUACGCCAGCAAAUUGACAGCUUAGCUGGAGAUUUGCAGGUAAUAUCUAGUAGCCAGACUAUAUCGGUGGACUUGGAAUCAUAUGUGAAAAAGUUAAACAAUUCAAGAAGGCGUGUUAUGAGAGAUUGACCAAAUUAUACAACAAUGUUUCUCGUGAGACUGCUAGACGGAAAGUAUUACUAGAUCCACCAGGGGCAGGCAGACCAAAAUAAGCCAUUGAACGCCAUUAUUCCAUGCUUAUAAUAUGUGAUAUUCAUUCCAUGAAACUGUUUAUCAAUGUGCAAAUUAUUUAUUCAAUGAUAGGAAUGAUCAGCCUCUUUUCUUGUGUAUGUGCAAAUUAUUUAUUCAUCUGCUAGAAGGAACAGCCUUUUAUUUUUGUUGAACCUUGUUCUAUGGAAUGAUAAUUAGUGUUAAAAUCUUAAGGUUUUAAUGAUAUGCAUCCAUAAAUGUGAUUUAGGGGAUAAUAUGAUUGUAUGAUUAAGGUGAUAAUAUUGGUAGUGUUGAUAAAUAAAUCACAAAUAAUAUUUUAGGGGUGUAAUGCAAUUAAAUGUAUUAUGUGAUCAUAAGAUGGUAUGUUUAGGGUGAUAAUUAAAUUGUGUACCAUAGGGGAUAAUUUUCUAUAUUGUUGAUAAAGAUAUCACAAAUUAUCAUUAAGAGGGGUAAAGAUUUAAGAUUGUAUAUUCCAGGUGAUAAUUAUGGUAUUGUAAAAAAACUACAAAUCAUGAUUUUAGAAGAUAAUGAAAGUGUAUGCUCUAGUGAUCAUAAAAUCACGAUAAGCGAUAAUAAUUUUUUUGUAAUUUCAGGCCACAAUGAGAUGGCAUAUUAAGAUGAAAAGAUUAUUUUUUUAAUUAUUACCAUAUAAUAAUAAUAAUUGCAUUCAAUCAUUUGUGGUUAUAUUUGUAAUUGUGGGGUAAGAAUCAGUUUUAUGACACAUAUUAAAAAAUAAUACUAUUUUAUAAAUAACUUGUGGUGAAUCAAUAUUAUUUCAUAA